AUGGCGCACGCGCAUCUCGCUGUCAUCUGUAUUUCCAUGCUCGUUAUGACUGUCAUCAGCAAUCCUGCUUUGGCGCCGUCGAGAAAAAUGGAAGCUAAAGAAAGGAAAAAUACUCAAGAGAGGCCCAUUAUCGUAAGAAGAGUUCCGAGUGCGUACUUUUACCCAUUUAGUCUAUGGCCCUUACCCAAAUAUCCAGUUACAGAGGGUGAAGAAUACGAUAGGUAUCAUACAAGAAGUAUAAAAUAUGUACAAGUUCAACAGAAUAAAAGAUGA